CACCGCCCAGAGCAUCCUAGAGCAUUUUCCCGCUCUCUUUCUUUGCCUUACGAGUCGACAGGGUACAGUGAUCAACACGGAGCGUCAGAUGAACCACUCCGAUGAGGACGUUAGCCGCCCGACCAGCAAAGCCCAUGGCAUUAGCGACAAGGAGAAGCAGCAAGUAGAGGCUCCUCGGAGGAGUACCCUCCGCUCGAUAUGUUUGGUCGCAACAUGUACAGCGGCCAUGGUGGUCAACAUCUCCAACUCUACAUCAGUGUCCAUUGCACUCCCCACCAUCGGUCGUGAUAUCGACGUUCCGGAGACCAGCCUUCAGUGGCUUGUGUCUGCAUAUUCACUUAGCUCUGGUUGUCUCCUCCUCUUCUUUGGUCGCCUCGCAGACCUCUUCGGCAGAAAGAAAGUCUUCAUGCUUGGAAGCUUGUGGCAAUUGGCCUUUUCCCUCGGAUGUGGAUUCGCCCAAGACGGGAUUACUCUCGACGUUCUUCGUGGCUUCCAGGGCGUGGGCGCCUCUGCCUCUAUACCGGCCUGUCUCGGUAUUCUGGCCCACUCCUUCCCGCCAUCCAAAGCCCGUGCAGCAGCCUUUGCCACCUUCGCGGCCGGUGCGCCUGUCGGAGGCGCAUUCGGCACGCUCAUCGGUGGUGUUCUCACACAGCUUACAGUUAAAUCGUGGCGCUCGUCGUUCUAUCUGUCAACCGGGCUUACGGCUCUAUGUUUAAUCGGCGGGAUGCUGACAUUCGACAAGGACCAUAUCUCCCCCGAUGUUGACAGGCGGGUAGAUUGGAUCGGCGCUAUCCUCGUCACUGUUGGUUUGGUUUUGAUCGUUUUUGUCCUCGGACAGGGUCAAAUCGCUCCAGACGGUUGGAAAACACCUUAUAUCAUCGCACUUCUUAUCAUUGGCGUCAUAUUCCUUGCACUUUUCCUCUUCUGGGAGCACCGACUCGAAAAAGCACUGGAUGAUCCUACACGCCCCAAGUCACGGUGGACACCUCCCCCUCUCAUGCGUCUAUCUCUUUGGGCACGCGCGAAAGGUCGCAUGUCUGUCAUCCUUAUGAUUGCUUUCCUCAACUGGAGUGGAUUCCUGAGCUGGAGCUUCUGGGUACAAUUGUACUACCAGAACUACCUCGGCUUGACGCCCGUCAAAACGAUGGUUCGGUUCAUUCCCAUGUUCAUCACCGGAAUCUUGUGCAAUUUCGUCGUCGCACUACUCGUGGGCAAGGUUCCACUCGUGGUCUUUGCUGUUGUUGGCACCCUCUUCACUGCUUCUGCUGGUAUCUUGUUCGCUCUCAUUGAGCCCAACAUGACCUAUUGGGCCUUUGGAUUUCCUUCCACUGUCUUCUCUGUGUUUGGUGCCGAUUUUGUGUACUCGGCCGGGACCAUCUUCAUUGCCAAAAUUGCUAUGCCCCACGAGCAGAGUGUGGCGGGUGCUCUAUUCCAGACUAUGACACAGCUUGGAACCGCGUUCGGCCUGACUGUUUCGACGAUCGUGUUCGACGGUGUCGUUAAGCAGCAAUCAGCUGAUCUGGGCGUCACUGUAAACUCGUCUGGCACAAAUGCACCGCUGAGUGCACAGCUCUCUGGCUACCGAGGAUCGCAAUGGACAGCUGCUUCGUUCUGUCUCUUUGCCUCCCUGCUUGCAGCAAUCUUCCUGCGAGGCGUCGGUAUUGUGGGUCACCGGAAACACGACAACCCAAGCGAAGAAACCAUGACGAAUGAACCAAAAGAUAUUGCCAGUACUGGGACAUCUGCGGCUCCUAGUCCUCGUGCUCUGCCAACAUCAACAACACUCGCGGAGUCGCAGUACCAUGACAAAACCAAGUCGACUUCGACCUCCGGCGCAAUGGACGACUUGAACCCACUGCCAACGUCCACCACCCUCACGGCAGGGUCGUCGUUCCGCGGCGUAUAAAAAGAGGAGCGUGUGUAGUCCUCUGUACAUGCUGCGUUUCCGUCUCCGACUCGCAUGAUCAUGCCUAAUAUUGCAAGAACUUGAAGCAACACUCAACGAUUUAUGGAAGAUAUCAUACACACUGCUUGCGAUAAUACUCCAGCCUUUUAUAUAGGGUUAUGCUUCUUUCAUCACGUUACCAGCAUUUAUCAUUCUCUCCUUCGUCGCAUAAUACCGUACAUGUGUUGUACGUGCUAGCUUGCCGUCAAUGACACCUCAUAACAUACGCAUAGACUUACAAUGCCCCUACACGUGUACUCGCAUUCCCCUCG